GGAUGGCCGGCUCGCUGAGGUUAUUAUGGGAUGGCCGGCCGCCCGUCUCCAGGGUAACGCACUGGUCACCUUGGUAACGGGGCGGGCCCAGGGAAGGGGCGGAGUCUCCACCAUCACUGCCGGUGUCCAGGAGCGGGAGGAUCCACCGCGCGAGACCGAGGAAGCCAGCGAGCCGUGAACUGUCCGCGCGACCCAGGGACCUACCGUGCGAGAGUUGGACGGAUCCCGGUCAGUGUGCGUAUUACUGACCCCGACAGCCCCACAUACCGGCUCCCUGACCCGAAAUACUGCCCUAAAUACCCCACACCGGCUCCCUGACCCGAAAUACUGCCCUAAAUACCCCACACCGGCUCCCUGACCCGAAAUACCCCCACAUAAACCCGAAUUCUGCCCUAAAUACCCCACAGCGGCUCCCUGACCCGAAAUACCCCCACAUAAACCCGAAUACUGCCCUAAAUACCCCACACCGGCUCCCUGACCCGAAAUACUGCCCUAAACCCCACACCGGCUACCCGAAAUACUGCCCUACCCCACACCGGCUCCCUGACCCGAAAUACCCCCACAUAAACCCGAAUUCCGAUAAACCCGAAUACUGCCCUAAAUACCCCACACCGGCUCCCUGACCUGAAAUACCCCACAUAAACCCGAAUACUGCCCUAAACCGGCUGACCCGAAAUGACCCGAAAUACCCCCACAUAAACCCGCCCUAAUACCCCACACCGGCUCCCUGACCCGAAAUACCCCCACAUAAACCCGAAUACUGCCCUAAAUACCCCACAGCGGCUCCCUGACCCGAAAUACCCCACACCGGCUCCUUAAUCCGAAAUACCCCCCACAUAAACCCGAAUACUGCCCUAAAUACCCCACACCGGCUCCCUGACCUGAAAUACCUCCACAUAAACCCGAAUACUGCCCUAAAUACCCCACACCGACUCCCUAACCCUAAAUACCCCUACCCAGGAACCUCACCCCCACAUAUACCAGAUUAAUGCCCUAAAUACCCCAACCCAGGGACCUCUCCCCCACAUAUACCCGAUUACUGCCGUCAAUACCCCACACCACUUCAUAAGCCUUAAAAAUACCCUGAAAUCAACCGUGUACACCCACACACCGGCUCCUUAACCCCUAUAUAACCUGCCGAGGGACUUCAGCCCCGAAAUACCCCACACCAGGAUAUAUAGGGGUAUUUUUCCCCCUAUAUACCCCACACCAGGUAUUUAACCCCCUAUAUACCCCACACUGGCUAUUUAACUACUAAAUUCAGUGUGGCACCCACACCGGCUACUUAAUCCUUAAAUACACCCCCAAAAUAUCUCACAGCAGCUCCUUAAACCCUAUAAUACAAACACAGGCUCAUAAACCCCUAAAUACGCCACAACAGCUAUUUGAUCCCUGAAUACACCCUGUAACCCCCGCACUGACUUAUUAACCCCUAAAUACCUCACACUGGCUCUCUAACCCCUAAACACCCCACACUGACUCCUGAACCCCCAAAUACUACUCUAAAUAGCUCAUACCGUGACCCAUAAAUGCACCCUGUAACCCACACACUGGCACAUCAACCCCUAAAUAUACUGUGUAACCCCCACACACUGGCUACAUAACCCCAAAAUACCACACAUCAGGUACUCGAUUCCUAAAUAUACUGUGUAACCUCUGCACCCACUUCUUAACCCUCAAAUACCAUACAUAUGGUCUUCGAUCCCUAAAUACACACUGUAACCCAAACACAGGCUUCUCAACCCAUAAAUAUACUGUGUAACCCCUAACCAGCUCAUUGGCCUUUAAGUAGUAUAACCCACACACCAGUUCCCGUGAGUCCCUAAAUUCACCUUAUAACACCCACAGAAGCUCAUCAACCCCCAUGCCGCCUUAGCCACCCCUAAAUACACCCUGUAACCUUUAAGUAUUGUAACUCUCACUCCCUUUCUUUGAACCUCUAAAUACAUCCUGUAACCCCACAUGGUUCUCUAACCCCUAAAUACGCUAUGUAACCACCACUCUGGAUCUGUAACUUUUAAAUAUACUGUUUAACACCCACCCAGGCUCCUUGACCAAUGAAUACACCGUGUAACCCCUACACAGCUCCUUAACCCCUAAAUACACUGGGUUACCCCAACAUAGGCUCCUUAAUGCCCAAAUACACCAAGUAACAAUACCUAAAUACACCUUUUAACCAUAUAUUGGGAACCUUAAUCCCUACAGACUGUAAAACCCCACAGAGGCGCUUUAAACACUUAUAUAUCUGGUCACCCUCUUUACAGGUACCUUUAUCCCUAAAUGCAUUCUGUAUCCUCCUACACAGACUAUUUGACCCAUAAAUGCACUCUACCCCCCUUACAGGCACCUUUAUACUCAAGUACACCCUGUAAUGACGCCCAUACAUGUGUAUUAUUUACUAAAUACACCCUGUAACUCCCUAUCUGUAUAGAUGCACAUUAUCUACUCCUCUAAUACUCUCCUAUAGUGGCACCUUACUACAUUUUCCCUGAAUACACAACUCCAUUAGAUACAUUUUAUCCCAUAAUUCCUGAACUUACUAAAUGUAGUAAGGUGCCACUAUAGAACCCUUAAACCCAAUAUUUACACGCUAUUCUGAACCUACAAAAUACAUGCUUUAACCCCCUAUAUACACAUCCCUAUAAAAACCAUAUAACUUGUAUGUCGGCUUCUUAGCCCCAGUAUACACCCUGUUUUAUCCUACGAAGGCAUGUAAGCCCCCUUUUCCAUAAAUUAUGCUGUAUACUCAUUGCAGCCCUUUUCCCAAAAGGCCUUGCCCAUUAAAUGUUCAUCUAUAACCCAGAUAUCCCUGCAACUUCCUGCUUCUCUACUUUAUUCCCACAACCCUGUAACUCAUAUGCUGGAACUUUGGCUUCCAGACACACACAAAUACCCUCAAGUCACCUAUCCAAGCACUUUUAGAUACACAUUAACCUAUUGAAUUGCCAACUAACCCCAUCUAGUGUAGUAAUCUGUUCAGUUGCAGCAUAGAUUAUAUAGAUAUGUUACCCCCUAUAACUUGUACCCUAUUGUCCAGGUAAAUUAACACCUUUUGUGAUCAGCUGUUGAGUAUAUAAAUACCCAAGUACUGGUUGCUGCCAUGUAUUGAGUGGCACAUGUUACCCAUCUACGUGACCUCUACAGAUCCCACGUGAUUUGCUAUCUAGGGACAUUAACCCUUUAAGUAGUUUGUAAACGAACAAUGCAGGGGCAUUGUCCAUAUGGGUGCUGCGUCAUCUCCAAUCCAUGACAAUUCCUCCUUAUAUUAAGAAUAUUUUUGUCCUCCAUGUAUGUUGACAUUACCUAUGUAGAUACAGUGUAUCAUCUUGCCAUGAUACAUUAACCCUCAUAGAGUUGCUUUAUUCGUAGUUUGAACCCCACAAAAUAGGGACGGAAACUCUCACAGGAAACCAUCUCCAGACUAAUUGACCCCCAUAGAUUGGUAACCUCAGUCAGGUACUUUAUUGCGUAAUACUCUAAUCUAGCCGGAUUCCCCCAUCAAUGCCAUAUAGGAACAUUUGCUGGCACUAUAUAAUUACUGAUUUACUUUAAUUACUAUAUUUACAAAGACGCAGCAUAAUCCUAAACAUUCUCUACCCCUAUAUUCUAUCACAAUUUUGUUAAUUUAUGUUUUAAUUACCUUGAAUGCCUAGCUGCUGGAGGAGAUUCACAUUUGUGUACAUAUAUUCUACAAAACACCACUAUGCAAAUGGGAUGUUUGAUCAUGUAGUUUUAAACCAGUUCUAUGUCUUAAAUCUAUAUAAUAUUCACAUGGCAUUCACACAAUAUUGCUUUUCUUGGCUAAGAUACAGCAAACAUGGGGGGAGCUCUUGAGGUGCUAUAAAUGGUUUCAUAAUUUAUUGUUGGAUAUAGAAGGCCUGGCUCACAUGCCUGUGUUAUGUUCUUAAGACACUGAACACACCAGUAUAUUAUGUUAGUAGUUCUGUUCGCCUCAGCCCAUCUGUGAAGGUGAUAUCCUUAUAUUUUACCUAGAGUCUAUUGAACCCUGCCCACAAGCUAUGUUUGUUUACAUUUUCCCCAAAUUUUAGGCUAUUGAAUUCAGUGAUGAGCCUACACUGUAAUGCCAGGGGAUUUUUACCUCCUGGUGAGGUUUGUAAAUACUCCUCCCCCAUGCAUUGUGGGGGUAGGGAGGGUUUGAGGAUGGCUGACAGUCCAGUGGUUAUUACGCUAGCUCAUGACUGUGACAUUCUAGAUUGACAACCUUGUAUUCUCAUUGCAGCCCUCUCCCUGGCACUACGCACUGAUCAUUGGAGUCCUCUUUCCUGUGCUUGUCACUACCCUGUGCCACUUGAUUUCUUAAUAUGGCUUCCUCGCCAGGCAGCGAAGGAGAAAUUGAAGUAAUGCUGAACAGCAGCCUCCACCAAGGUAGGAAGUGCCAGAUUGUUUGCUUGCUGCCAUGUAUUGAGUGGUGUGACUAAAGGAAAAAAAUUCAGAGAUGUGUAAUGGUGCCCAGUGUACUCUUAUUACAAGUCUUAAAACGGAUCAAUAAACUGAUUUUAGUAGCAGUUAUAUCUUAUAACACAGAAAGUCUAUGCUUUAUGUACUAGGUGUUGCUAGUGGAGCAGCUGCUACAGGGUCAAAAAUGUUUCAUCCGUGCCCAUGCAUCUACAUCAUCUUCUGGUGGUCUUUCCUAAAGGAACAUGGAGAUUACGGACUACGGGUGGGGGAGCUUUGUAGAUCAUUCUAAUAGGAUAUGGGUGCAGGGAUAUAAUCUCCAUGUUUACUAGUGCCUUCUGAGAGGGUACAGAGAAGUUUUCUUAUUUCAGAUGCACAGAUCUCUGCUCCACAUCCAAAGUGCAGAAACAGGAACCAUAAACGGGAAUAUAACGUUAACAGUGGCCCUCAGGCUGUAUCGGUGCUUUCUGAAUUGCGAGCAGAGGAAAAGAUUGUCAGUCCACAAAGACCACUUGCUCCCUCAGUAGACUGACAGAAUUUGGACCUUGUACCCAUUUUCCCCACAACAAAUCUCCAACAGGGGUUCCUUACCCCAGACAGGAACAUAUGAAUCCCUUGUAAAUACAGUAACACACAAUUGAAGCAUAUGGUAGCAAUCAGGGUUUCCAGCUGCAGUAACAGCACUGAGACAGGAUAGUUACACUAAUGAUUCAGAACUCCAAGUAAAUCAAUAUAAUUCUACAAUUUGUGUGUAGCAUGAAUGCUUACGAAAUUGAUAUCUAUCUAUCUUCUCCUGGAACACUAAAUAAAAUGUGCCUGUAUAUAUUUAGGGGCAUCAGAUCUCCCCCCUUGGGGAGGUUGGUUUGGGGAUUUUGUUUGCCUUACUAUAACUGCACAGCAGUUUAUAACAUUAUUAUUAUUAUUGCCAUUUAUAAAUAGCGCCAACAGAUUCCGUACUGCUUUACAAAGUUAUGAGGGGGAUUGAACUAUAAAUAGGACAAUUACAAGAAAACUUACUGAAACGAUAGGUUGAAGAGGACCCUACUCAAAUGAGCUUAGUCUAUAGACCUUACUGUAUAUUCCUACUCCCGUGCAGCUUAUAAAGAAGGCAGACUGUAAGCUGAAUGUGAACUUAUUUGAAUUUCCACUCUUAAAAUGAUGUAGAAGUGACAUCAGAUGUAUUUAAAAAAUAUCUAACGAGAGAAUGAGAACUGUUAUGCACAGCAGCAAUCUUAAGAGGACGCUUUAAAAAAAAGUAUGCUUAUUAUAAAAAUCCUUUCAGUGUAAGAAUCCUAUAAAGUUGCUCUAAUUUUGCUUUGGCCCUGCAUUGCUGCUUUGCGUGUUAGUGCAUUGUGACAAAGUUAUAACUCUUUAUUUUGUAUUUUGAAUUAAUCUGAUGUCUGUACUUCCUGGAUCAUGCACACUUUAACUGUCUCACUUUAUUUUUAUAUUACUCUUUAGUGCCUUUUUUUUUUUUUUUGACUGGUUUUCAAACUUCCACAAGCUUGUAAAUAAAUGACAGGUCAGGCUUACAUUAAUUUCCUACUUUAAAACAGGAAAAAUAAUCAGUGGCUCCGUUGUUUUUCUUUACAAUCCUCAAAUCCUGACCUUUUUUAGGUUAGCUUUUCAAUUACAAUUUAAACCAGCAAUGUUCUGAUAGAUUUACAUAAUAUGCAAUAAAUAUAUCACAAUGGGAAAGCUGUGCCCACAUUGUUUCUAAAGCUUAAGCUGAUCGACAUUUUAUUAAAGGAACACUCAGAAACCAUAACAACAACAGUAUGUUGUGUUGGUUAUGGUGCCCUGGUGCAAACAGUUGACUUUGUAUCAGGUGCCAAAAGGGGUUUCAGUUCCUGCAUCUUCUUGCAUCUGGAAUCUCAUAGUGCAGGGUUUAGCUCAGAGGCUGGGAGCGACCAGCUGAUUCUGGGACCUGACACCAAACUGCUACCACUCACUGUAGUGGUUCUGGUGCUUGGAUGUUCAGCUAUUUGUAUAUUUACUACAUUAAAACCAAUGAAACACUUAACCCUUUUUUUUUUUUUUUAAUUCACAAACCUCAACUCAGGUCUUGAAUGCAAAAUCUUUAAAUUCUUACUUGAAGCUGCCUCACUACCUCAUAUCCUGUGAAAGUUUUAAAUGAACCUGUGCAGUUGUGGUCCAAUUUAUCAGCAAAAAAUUUGAAAUGUCUUCAUUCUGCUGCUAACUUUGAAGGGGUUACGUUAUGUGUUUGCCGUUUUCCACUCUGCAGUGGGAUUAUUGGUUGUUUAAAUCAUGGUUCUUACAUGAAGUUUGAUGCUCCAUUUUACUUACAAAUGAUGCUUUGAUCCAUAUUUCUAACCCUAAUGUCCAUAAAUGAUCCAUAUUUCUAACCCUCAAGUUAUGUUGGUGACUUCUGUCAUGCUGGGGUUUUGGUUCCACAUUGCAGAAUUGGGAAUGGGAUUUAGAAUCCAGGUCAUAGGGAUAUCAGAUAUACAUUUUGUAUAAACCUUUUCUGGUCUCGACUGUGGCAGGUUGGAUUUACCAAACAUUUGGUACAUACUUGAUGCUUAACCUAGUGUUAGGAAGGCUGUCUAAGAUCUAACACAUUGUGGCAUUUUGUUUUCGGGAAAUAAUUAUGGUUUGGUCUUUUUCUUUGUUUGCAAUUGGUCACAAUAAUCUGUAUAAACUGAAAUCUGGCUCUGCUUAGAGACUGCAAUGACAGCCUGUUGUAUAUGCACAUAGAUUGGAUUUACUCUAUCCCUCUGCUGUCUGUAAAAUAUGGAGUUGAGGGGGUCUUUUGGAAACCAUAUAACAGUCUAUGGUUUGUCUGCUGUCCAUCUCUGAGACCGCAGAAUCACAGCUAGGGGAUGUGAGAGGCCCCACUUUUUUUCUUUUUUUUUUCUUUUUUUUUUUUUUUAAAGCAAAUAGUAACUUUGUACAUUAGCAGGAAUAUAGUAGGUAGGCUGUGCGGCACUAGUCUUUAGGUGGGUAUUUUAUGAGAAUGUUGUACUAGUUAAAAAUACAAUGCCUAUAUGUGCAUCUUAUCUGCUCUGAUGCUAAUUUCUGUCAUAAGAUGACUAAUGGUUUUUUGGAGAGGACUACACAUUUAUUGGGAUAAAAGAGCCAGAUUUUAUAUCUGCCAUAAUGCUUCAGACUUUUAAUUGUAGAGCGCAGACAGGAGUACAUUGGCCUGUUCCUGUGGUAUUUGAAGGCUCCUUGUGUGUUGUCUUUGUGGUGCUGCCAUCUUGUCAAAGUGUAAAGUAAAGCAGCCAUUAACUGUCCUGUCCUAAAGAAACAAAAGCUCCCCCUCCUGCUCUGAGAUGUGCGUGUGCAUUGUGGGCGUGUAGUGAAACACUUUCCCUCCCACUCCUCGUGCUCUCUCUCCAGAUCUGGGCUUCCCCCCUCCCUACCCUUAAACUCCUGGGGAAUCCUAGUUUCUGCCCUUGUUGCUGUGUGUGCCUGUCCUUCUGUCCCUGUACGUCUGCCUCUAUUGUCCCCUGUGUAUGAUUGCCCGUGUCUCUCUCUUCCUGUGUCAUUUGUUAUCUAAAAAUGACCCAUCAUUCUAUCUGUGCUUGUGUCAGUCUGCUUUGUUUCCUUCUUUUCACUCUAUCUGCCCCUCCCCCCAUGUGGGUUGCUGUUUCUGCCAUGUGUCUCGGCUUUUGUUCUCAUGCACUGGAUUUGUUAUGACUCCUGCAGGCCUUGCACAUGAUUAGCUUCCCUGAAGGCCGAAACCCUGUGCACUGUCUCCACUUACCUUUGUGGUCUUCUCUUAUCUUCAGGUUUAGAUCUAGGAAUGGUUUUUCCUUACAUACUUGGUGAUCCCUCUGCAUUCCUCUUGUAUCUAAACAUGAUCUCUAGAGAAAAAGGCCUUGUCUUAUGCACAGUCAUGGCUAUUUAGGAAAGUGAGAUAUGUUGGGAAUGCAAAGCAAAUUAAAGUCCAAAAUAGCCAAAUUUGAAAAAUUCUACAAGUCUGAUAUGCCUUAGGUUGUCCUAGAAUUGUAAAUUCAGUUUGAAUUCACAAGUCUACAAAUUCACACAUUAGUAGAUGACCAAAAAUGAAAAACCUAUUGUGACAUGCAAAUAACUUUACAAAUUAUAACAUUUACUUUCAAUUACUGGCAAUCCACACUUUAGUGAAUAAUUGUUAGCCUGACCAAAUUUCCUGUUCUUCGGUAUGGGACAGGCAGUUCAAGUGCCUGUGCAUUUCUAGAAGUCUGAGUGAACAGAAGAGAAUUGUGGCAUCCAUUUGUGUGUCUUGUCAUGGCUCUCCAGUGCUCAGGGGUGCACCCUGUCAGAUGUCAGAGUGUGACUGUAUCCUUUACUUUCAGAUGAUGAUGAUCUGGAUGACGAUCUCUCAGAGGUGGAAACUCCCAAAAUAAAGAAAAAGAAGAAACCCAAAAAAGCAAAAGAAUCUAAGACCCCCAAAGGAAAGAGACAAAAAAAGGAGGUGAGCAGAAAUGCGUUAAGCAUCAGAAUACGUAACCCACGCUGGGGCUUGUGCUGUGUAUUGGUAGGGGUGGGGGUUGUAGGGCUUACCAUGCCAUUUAAAAAAAAAAAAAAAAAAAAUUAAAAAUUUUUUUUUUUUGGUUGAAGGAGGGAUUGUGUUGGUGGGGUUCCCAUGAUUUGUUUGGUGUAGAGCGUGUCAGCAUGUCUUUAUUGGAAUCUUUACUCAUUACUUUAUCUGUUAGGAAGUGGAUGAUAGCUCAGGGGAAGCCAAUGAUUUUGGCGAAGAUGAUGGAGGACCUGUUCGUUCAGAUAGUGAAGGCAGUGAUUACACCCCUGGCAAGAAAAAGAAGAAGAAGCUGGGACAGAAGAAGGAAAAGAAAACCAAGGUGAAGCGAGAGGAAGAAGAUGAUGAGGAUGACGACUCCAAGGUUAGUGUUAUGGGUGGCUCGUGUUGCUAUUUGUCACAUUUAGACUGGGAACUGUGCCAAAACACUGGAUAUUUCCAAAAAUGGGCCUUAACCCACAUAGUAGGGAUCGGCCGAUAUUCGGUAUUUUCGGCAAUAUCGGUAUCGGCCAAUUCUGAUACUGAUAUUGCUGAUAAUACCUCCUAGGACCGUGGGGGGGCGCUUACUCACCUCCCAGCAGCUGGAGGAGCUGCUGGUAAGUAAGCGCUUGCUCUCCGCCCCCCCCCAGCUCAGCCAAUACCACUGGACCACCAGGGACUGCUAUAUCCCCCCUCCCUGGCCAGGUAACAAGCAGGGAGGGGGGACAACAAAAAUAAAUAAAUAAUUAAAUAUAAAAAAUAAUAAUAAUUUAAUAAAAAAUGCCCCCUCACACACUCCAUUAUAUACACAUACACUACACAAACACACUGUGUAUAUAAUGCGCUGUGUGUGUGUAUACAAUGCACACAAACACAUACUGCAUUACAUAUACACACACACUAUACAAACACUAUAUAAUGCAGUGUGUGUAUAUAAUGUAGUGUUUAUAUAAUGCACACUGCAUUAUAUACACUACACAAAUACACACUCUGCAUUCAUUAUAUAUACACACUUUGCAUUUAGUAUAUAACACAUUCACUUUACGCACACUACCCACACACUACACUAAUACACACUGCUUCCACUACACACACUAGACAAAUACACACUGCAUCCACUACACACACAUUGCAUCCUCCACACACUCUGCAUCCACUACACAAACACACACAGCUCCCCUGUCACACUGCAUCCACUACACGUGGCAUGUAUAUUUUGUGCAUUUACCUUUAGAAAUAUUUUUUUUCCAAAAUGGUAAAUGUACAGAAUAUCGGCAAAUUAUAUCGGCUAUCAGCCUGAAAGUUCACAGAAUAUCGGUAUCGGCUCUUAAAAAUCAAUCUCGGUCGAUCCCUACCACAUGGUAAAUACUCCUAUAGGUGGACCAUACCAAGACUCUUGAGAAUCACCCACAAUGUCCUAUGAAAACCUCAAAAUGAUUUACAGUUCUGCUCAGAUUUGGGGGAUGGUUCAAUAAUACUGUCAUGGAAUUUACAUCUCUCUCAUUUGUCAAAGGAACCCAAAUCUUCUGGUCAGCUUCUAGAAGAUUGGGGUAUGGAAGAUAUCGACCAUGUGUUCACGGAGGACGAUUAUCGUACACUGACCAACUACAAGGCUUUCAGUCAGUUUGUCAGGUAUGCUCCUGUUCUACAAUUUGCAAAAUUGUAAUACGUUUCUUAUCUUCUCUGCAUUUAAAAAUCUUUCCCUUUCUUUUCAGACCUCUCAUUGCAGCCAAGAAUCCAAAGAUUGCAGUCUCCAAGAUGAUGAUGGUCUUAGGAGCUAAAUGGAGAGAAUUCAGUACCAAUAACCCCCUGAAGGGCAUCUCAGGAGCUUCUGUGGCAGCAGCUGCGGCUGCAGCUGUGGCGGUAGUAGAAAGUAUGGUGGCAACGAAUGAAGUAGUUGCACCCCCUCCACCACCACCUGAAGUUCCCCUUCGUAAAGCAAAGACUAAGGAAGGCAAAGGUCAGCCAACACACUUUGUGUUUUAAGGAGGGUUUAGUGGAGUAGCACUUAGAUUUGUUUAGAGUGCUGGUCUUUAACACUGGCUGGAUGUGAGCUGUGUUAACUAGUUUAGAAAUCAAGCUUGUUUAUUGUCUCUUAGGGCCCAAUGCCAGGAAAAAACCAAAGACUGUCAAACCAGCAGAAGUGAAGAAACCAAAAGCCAAGAAAGUGGCUCCACUAAAAAUUAAACUCGGUGGUUUUGGUUCAAAACGCAAACGUUCUUCGGUAAGCAGCUGAUUACGGUCUAUAAAAUGAAGGGUAUGUGUUUCAUAUAUGGAUAUAUUGGCCUAAUACACUGUUGCUUCUUCCUCUUAGAGUGAAGAGGAUGAUCUUGAAGUGGAGUCUGAUUAUGAUGAAGGCAGCAUGAACAGCCUGUCUGUAUCUGAUGGGUCCACCAGUAAAAGCAGCCGUAGCCGAAAGAGACUAAGAGCCAGCAAGAAGAAGAAGAAAGGUUAGAACACAAACAUAUAGUACCUAUGUUCUACUAAGGUUCAGAAAUCAUUGUUGGUCUUAUCCUGAAUUGCUCUUCUUACAGGUGAGGAGGAAACACAAGUAGGAGGCGGGGAUGGAUAUGAAACAGAUCAUCAAGACUACUGUGAGGUGUGCCAACAGGGUGGAGAGAUCAUCUUGUGUGAUACAUGCCCUCGUGCUUAUCAUAUGGUUUGUCUGGAUCCUGACAUGGACAAGGCUCCAGAGGGCAAAUGGAGUUGCCCACACUGUGUAAGUGAAGGAAGUGUGUGAGAGAGCAUGGCGGCCGGUCCAUGAACUGAGACACACAUAAUAUGUGUAAAGCCAUCUCUGGGAGGAGAGGUGGUUUGCAAAAUGUGGUUGAGAGAAUGUUGGGGCGUGGUGUGUGUGUGUGUGUUCCUUUUCAAAUUAUCUGAAAGAAGCUUUGGUUCCAGUAGUAUUCAUAUGUAACAGAAAGCUGGAGGUUUUUGAAGAGGGGUGAUAUCCCAGUUCUCAGGGAGAAGUGGGGGAAGAGGCAGUGACAUAUGUCGGCUUUAGCUUUUUGUGUAAAAAGACCAAGAGAUCGGUAUGGCACCCUAUGGACUGAUGGCACUCUUUUCUGUAUGUUAGGAGAAAGAGGGAGUUCAAUGGGAAGCAAAGGAGGAUAAUUCAGAAUGUGAUGAAGAUUUGGAUGAUGGUGGAGGAGAUCCAGAGGAGGAAGAUCACCACAUGGAGUUCUGUCGUGUUUGUAAGGAUGGUGGGGAGCUGCUUUGUUGUGACACCUGCCCCUCCUCCUACCACAUCCAUUGUCUCAACCCACCUUUGCCAGAGAUACCCAAUGGAGAAUGGCUGUGCCCGCGUUGCACUGUGAGUAUUGCGUUACUUUUCAAAUUUUUCACUAUCUUUUUAGCUACGUCCUGAUGGAUAACUAUAUUUUUAUGUCUUUCCAGUGUCCUUCUUUGAAGGGUAAAAUCCAAAAAAUAUUGAUUUGGAAGUGGGGGCAACCUCCACCCCCUACUCCUGUUCCACGACCUGCAGGUUUGGAUCCUCAUACUCCUUCCCCAAAACCUUUAGAGGGUCGUCAAGAGCGAGAAUUCUUUGUCAAAUGGCAAGGAAUGUCCUAUCUACACUGUUCCUGGGUGACAGAACUCCAGGUAAAAUUGUGUAUGCAUUAUAUAUGUGAGGUUUUUUUUUUUUUUUUGUUUUUUGUUUUUUUCUUUCAUCUGUGUAAAGUAUCUUAAGUAAUAUCUAUAGCUAGAGAUUAGAAGCUAGCUAGAUUGCUCUCAUUCAGCUCAAAAGCAUUCUGACCUCUGGCUUCCUUUCUUAGCUAGAGCUGCACUGCCAGGUUAUGUUUCGUAACUACCAGAGGAAGAAUGAUAUGGAUGAGCCACCCGCUGGUGAUUAUGGUGUAGAUGAAGAAGAAAAGAGCCGUAAAAGGAAAAACAAAGAUCCUAAAUAUCUGGAGAUGGAAGAAAAAUUUUAUCGUUAUGGAAUCAAGCCAGAGUGGAUGAUGAUUCACCGUGUAUUAAAUCAUAGGUAGGCAUUCAGUUUCCUAUUCUAAAUCUAGAUUAGAGGGUCUUUAUGUUAAAAUAUAAGGGCUAUGGGCAAUGGUCAUCUGAACACCAUUAAUGCUGUCCUUUUUACUUAUUCAUAGUAUUGAUAAGAAGGGUAAUGUUCAUUAUCUGAUCAAGUGGAGGGAUCUGGCAUAUGACCAGGCAUCCUGGGAGCUAGAAGAUGCUGAUGUUCAGGAUUUUGACAUGUACAAACAAGGCUACUGGAAUCACAGGUAGGUUUCCAUGAGGCCAGGUUCCUUUUAGUAUGUUAAAUGUUCCUUAACUACAUUUUGUACAGUUUUAAGUGGGGUUUUUUUUUUUUUUUUUCUAUCCAAACUUGCAGAGAGCUAAUGUGUGGGGAUGAAGGUCGUCCUGGAAAGAAGAUAAAGAAAAUGAAACAUCGCAAACUGGAACGUCCCCCUGACACACCUACUGUUGAUGUAAGUUACUAAAUAAUGAGGGGGAUUGGUGAAUCUUAAGUUUCUGUAGCUUCACUCAUCUACUUUGUCCUCAGCCCACAGUGAAGUACGAUCGGCAGCCAGAGUACUUGGACAUUACAGGAGGCACUCUUCACCCUUACCAGCUGGAAGGUCUUAAUUGGCUGCGCUUCUCUUGGGCACAAGGCACAGAUACUAUCCUGGCUGAUGAGAUGGGUUUAGGCAAAACUGUUCAGACCGCAGUGUUUCUGUAUUCCUUAUAUAAAGAGGUGAAUAACUACAAUGUCCUUUAUUCUUCUGCCCAGCCACUUGUCAUUCAGACUUUUUUUUUUUUUCUCUUUUAAUAUUAACUCCUUAUGUCCCCCCUAUGAUUGAUCUAGUCCUGCCACCAGUGAUACCAAUUGUGCUUUUCUUCUUCAGGGUCAUUCAAAGGGUCCAUUCCUGGUUAGUGCUCCACUCUCCACAAUUAUUAAUUGGGAGCGUGAAUUUGAAAUGUGGGCCCCCGAUAUGUACGUGGUCACAUACGUUGGUGACAAAGACAGCCGUGCAGUCAUCAGAGAAAAUGAGUUCUCAUUUGAAGACAACGCCAUCCGGGGUGGAAAGAAAGCUUCUCGUAUGAAGGUAAGCAACCUAUAACUUUCCGUUACUUGGCUAGAACGUUUAUUUUUGUGCCAUGCUGACCUGAGCGUAUACCACAGAAAGAAGCAUCUGUGAAGUUCCAUGUCCUCCUCACAUCGUAUGAAUUGAUCACCAUUGACAUGGCUGUACUUGGAUCUAUAGACUGGGCCUGCCUGGUGGUUGAUGAAGCUCACCGUCUAAAAAAUAAUCAGUCCAAGGUAAUGUGUGUGUGUAUAUGUACACAUCUUGUUUUAGGUGCCAUCCCUGUCUUCUCAUUUCUCUCUGGUUGUUUGCUCAGUUUUUCAGGGUUCUGAAUGGAUACACACUGCAACACAAGCUUCUUCUCACAGGAACCCCACUGCAGAACAACCUGGAGGAACUGUUUCACCUGCUCAAUUUCCUCACACCAGAGAGAUUUAAGUAUGUUGAACAGCAAGUCUUAAGAACUAAAACAUUGUUUUUAGGAUUGUUAUUACUGACCGGUUAGGCAUUGUGAAAUGUUCUGAUAUGUAACCGUGCUCGAUAAACAUGGAUUCUGUUUCUGCUCCCCAGAUAGAGAAUCCACUUUUAGCAGCUGUUAAAGGGGAAUUGUCACUUUUCUGAUCUGUAGAUGGUAAAUAGAUGUUAUGUGUUUCUGAUAGAGACAGGAAAUAUAUAUUUUAUUUGACCACAAGAGGCAGUAGAUGAAGGUGAAUGGCUUAAAUGCUUUGUGAUCCAGGAGGAAGGACCAGUGGCGUACUAAGGGGGGCCGGGGGGGGCGGUCCGCCCCGGGUGCCAGCGGAUUGGGGGGUGCCAUGACCAGGGGCGCCCUCCCCCCCCAUCCUGCAGCCGCCCGAGCGCUCUGUAGUGAGCCUCAGGCGGCUGCAGCUUUGCCCGGGUGGUGCGUCCAUGAAGGCGGACCGCACCGCCCGGGCGCAGCAUGGGGAGAGGCUGACAGGAGGGAAGCGCUGAGCGCUCCCUCCUGUCACUCCCUCUCUAGCGUGGCCGAGCCCAGUAUAGUCCGCGGGUACAGGGAGCAGCUGUCUCCUGUACCCGGCCGGACUAACAGGAAGUGCACACAGUGUGUUCACUUCCUGUUAGUCCGGCCGGGUACAGGAAACAAAAGCUACCUGUACCUGCGGACUAUACUGGGCUCGGCCACGCUACAGCAAAGGUAGGGGGGAGGGGGGAGGAGAAAGGGGGGGUGAGAGAGAGGAGAAAGGGGGGAUGUAAUUAUGGGGGUGUAUAUUAAGGGGUAUGGAUUAAUUAAGGAGUGUGGAUUAAUUUAAAGAAAACCUUUAACAUUUUUUACAGUGUUUUUUUGGGUGGGGGGGGAUCCGCCCCGGGUGCCAAAUGCUCUAGGUACGCCCCUGGGAAGGCCACAUUAUAUUACUUUGUGACCACUAGAGACAGAGCCUGUUUAAAUAGGCUUGUAUAGUGAGCCAAUCUGAGCACCAACACCACUUCAUGAUUUUGGGAGAUGGAUACUGACCCCGCUCUGUCCAUUGAAAACAUGCACAUUUUUAAAAUAUUUUUUGAGCAAUGGCACUGCUAACAUUUUGCAAUUUCCAUGCCUCUAGUAUGUCAUUUAGAUUACCAAUAGGUACUUUGACAUAAUUUAAUAUUUUACAUAAAAUGCUGGCGUGCAAAGCAUGCAGAUGAAAGACUCUUGGUGUGCAUUUAGUUGGGCAAAAGUCUUAUAGUUUGAUUUCACAGUAGGAGUGUUGUGGCUGUGAAUAACCUGGCUCGGUACUGGGUUACAGGUAAGUUGUGUUUUAUUUAUUUAUUUAUUUAUUUGCAGGACUAAAACUUAACUGAUAAAAACAAAAAGGAACACCGAGGCUAAAACAUGUGUAUAUUUUUCUUAUUAGACUGGGGUUCUAUUUUUAACAUUUCUUACAUCUUGUCCACAGCAACCUUGAGGGUUUCCUGGAGGAGUUUGCAGAUAUUGCUAAGGAAGAUCAGAUUAAGAAGCUUCAUGAUAUGCUGGGACCUCACAUGUUAAGAAGGCUGAAAGCUGAUGUUUUCAAAAAUAUGCCAUCAAAGACAGAGUUAAUCGUGCGUGUUGAGCUUAGUCCUAUGCAGAAGUGAGUACGGUUUUCUUUCACAUGCUCUACAGCUUACUGCACUUGUCCCCAACGUUUCACUGACUGUCAUCUGCAUCUCUCUCAGAAAAUAUUACAAGUUCAUACUCACCAGAAACUUUGAGGCUCUUAAUACCCGUGGAGGUGGCAACCAGGUGUCUCUGCUCAAUGUGGUGAUGGACCUAAAGAAAUGCUGCAAUCAUCCUUACCUCUUCCCUGUAGCAGCUAUGGUAAGUGGGUUUGGGUAAUUCCUUAGUUUAUCCCAAGCAUAGUUGCUAUGCUUGAUUUGUUGAAGAGGAGACACAUUGAUGACCAGAGGUAUAAGAUGAUGUACCUUAAUCCUUCCUCUCUUUGUGAUGCAGAUGAGCAUUGUUUUUUAUCCAUUUGAAUCGGACUCAUAAGACCCAUCUGGUCCUUUCCUUUCCUUCUGUAGGAAGCACCGAAGAUGCCCAAUGGGAUGUAUGAUGGCGGUGCCCUCAUCAAGGGAGCUGGAAAGCUAUUGCUUCUGCAGAAGAUGCUACGUAAGCUAAAGGAUGAUGGACACAGGGUGCUAAUCUUCUCCCAGGUACUUCCUCAUUCCUGCCACUAUUUCACAUCAGAAUAUUUUAAUCCAUAGUACAACUUCUUUGAGAAUGUACUUUUCUGUCUAAACUACCUUUUAUUUUUUGUCAUUUGAUCCGUCCUAUUGCUCUCUUCUUUGGGAAAACUUUAUGGAUGAGUUAAAAAGGCAGUUUUUACAUUGCACCCUAGGGACACCUCCAGAGGCAGUAAGACUACCACUAGAGGUGCUUUGUGGGUCAGUGCAGCACUAACGUUCAACAUCUCCACGCUCUGUAUGGAGGCACUGGACUUUCCACAUAGAGAUACAUUGAGUUAAUGCAUCUCUGAGGAGAUUCUGGUCGGCAAGCAUGCUUUCCUAUGGGAAAGCAUUUGAUUGGCUGAGAUCGUCAACACUGAUCGGGGACGGGGCCAGCACCGGCAGGCCCAUGCGGUGCUGGCAUAAAGUUGAGUUUUUCGUCUUAUUUAAGGAAGGCAAAGGAGAGACCGGGAAGCUAAAUAGUGUUUUUACCACUAUAUGAUUAGAAAGAUAUGUUUGUAUUCCUGAGUCUCUAGUGUUCCUUUAAGUCUCUAGCACAUCCUUUCCAGCAUAAAGUUUAAUUCACUUGAUUGCUAUCAUAAAAUAGUGGUAUUAUUGUUUUCACUUUCUGCAGUAUUCAAUAUUUUUACUCUUAAGACAACUAACUGCCCCUCUCUCCUCCUCUCCCCCCCCACCCCCUCCUUUUUUUUUUUUUUUGUAAAUCAAAUCUCAUUGUUUAUUUAACUUCACAGUGCAAUAAUGCUUAAUGUACUGUAGCCUUAUGCUACCAUCUGCGGAGUUCAGUUUUGUGCAGAAUUUUGAGGCCAAUAUAAACUUUUUACUUGAGGUCUUCUUCUGCCCUUCCUGACCUAUCUCACUCUUUCACUAGAUGACAAAGAUGUUGGAUCUGUUAGAAGACUUUCUCGAACAUGAGGGCUAUAAGUAUGAACGAAUAGAUGGAGGUAUCACCGGAAAUAUGCGUCAGGAGGCUAUUGAUCGCUUUAAUGGUGAGUGACCGAAUGACACCUAAGUGUUUGCAUUCGAAGUCUGGCUCAAAUGUUUGGCUCAAGAUCUUUGUGUCAAAUUGGAAAAUUUAGGCUAAAUUUGCCAAGCUGUGACUGUAUUUGGGUUAGUGAGUAAACUCAAUUCAGGGCCUCCUGUUUAAUCUUUUCUAUGUCUCUAGUUGUAGUUCUGAUGGACUUAUUGCUAUGUGCAUCUUUAAUUGUAUUUUUAAGAAUUUCGCUCUUUUCUUCCUUAGCACCCGGAGCCCAGCAGUUUUGUUUCCUGUUGUCCACGCGUGCUGGAGGCCUGGGUAUUAAUCUUGCCACUGCAGACACUGUGAUUAUUUAUGAUUCUGACUGGAACCCUCAUAAUGACAUCCAGGUGAGGAACACCAUCUGACUUAUUUGUAGCAGGCUUCAUUUUUUUUCCCCCUUUGCCAUUAUCUAAACAACCUCUUUCCCACAGGCUUUCAGCAGAGCUCAUCGUAUUGGGCAAAACAAGAAAGUGAUGAUCUAUCGAUUUGUGACCCGUGCGUCUGUGGAGGAGAGGAUUACUCAAGUGGCAAAGAAGAAAAUGAUGCUCACUCAUUUGGUUGUGCGACCUGGUCUUGGUUCUAAGACUGGCUCUAUGUCCAAGCAGGAACUGGAUGAUAUUCUUAAAUUUGGUACAGAGGAACUUUUCAAGGAUGAGAUGGAGGGUAAGAAAUCCAGAACAUUUUCAGAUUCCUGAUCCAUGAUCCAAAUUGUAUUUUAGUACAAAACAGUCUGCUGACUCUUCUAACGUUUAAACCAAUAUGUUUGGUUUUUUUCAGGUGAGAUCAAGGAAGGCGAAGAUGGUAGUGUCAUCCAUUACGAUGACAAGGCUAUAGCUCGUCUGCUGGACAGAAACCAGGAUGAGAUUGAAGACACAGAGAUUCAAGGAAUGAAUGAGUAUCUGAGCUCCUUCAAAGUAGCCCAGUAUGUGGUCCGAGAAGAGGAGAUGGCAGUGAGUAUAGAGAUGUUCAUGUACUGUCAGAAGAUCUGGCUAAUAGUUUUGUCUAGAAGGAGUCUAAUAAUUUUUGGUUUUAUCCAGGAUGAAGAGGAGGUGGUCCGUGAAAUCAUUAAGCAGGAAGAGAGUGUGGACCCUGAUUACUGGGAGAAGCUUCUAAGGCACCAUUAUGAGCAGCAGCAGGAAGACCUUGCACGAAAUUUAGGCAAAGGCAAAAGAAUACGCAAACAGGUCAACUACAAUGAUGGCAGCCAGGAAGAUCGAGGUGAAUGUUCUUGCAUUAUUAAAAUACUUAAUUCCAUCUAUACCUUAAUAUUGUGUUAGCUGAUUUCCACUGCCUCCUUAUUGAUCUCUUCACAGAUUGGCAGGAUGAUCAGUCUGAUAACCAAUCUGAUUACUCAGUGGCUUCGGAAGAAGGAGAUGAAGAUUUUGAUGAAAGAUCAGAAGGUAUGCUUCGUUAGUAGUUCACCUUCCCUUGUUCUCUCUUCCAUUUUUUCUCUGCACUGUUUACCAUGCUAUUCUUUUUGACUCUUCUUUCUUGUACACUUGUCCAUUCUUUUUAUAGCAGCACGUCGGCCUAACAGGAAAGGUUUGCGAAAUGACAAGGACAAGCCUCUACCUCCACUUCUGGCACGUGUGGGUGGCAAUAUUGAGGUACAAAAUCUGGUGUAUUUGUGAAAUAGGGGCUUUCACUGUCCUGCUAUUUCUGUGCAGGGCUGGGGUGUUUUGGGGUUUUUUUUUUUGUUUUGUUUUUUUUCAGGAAAAGUGUUUAAUCCCCUAGAUUAUUCUAGUUUAACUUGUAGAUUUAUCCCUUACUGAUUUAGCUGCCUGUAUCUUGUUGACUUAUGAUUUGGUUUUUUUUCAUGGUUUUCAUGCUCUACAUCUCCAUUUUUCAGGUUUUGGGCUUUAAUGCUAGACAGAGGAAAGCCUUCCUGAAUGCAAUCAUGCGUUAUGGAAUGCCCCCUCAGGAUGCCUUCACUACUCAGUGGCUUGUACGUGACCUUCGUGGCAAGUCAGAGAAGGAAUUCAAGUAAGUCCAUGCUUUGACAUUUGUAUGCAAUUCCUUCUUAAUGCUCUAUCUCCUAAUACUCAUAGAAACAUAGAAUGUGACGGCAGAUAAGAACCAUUCGGCCCAAUUUUCUAAAUACUUUCCAUUAGUCCCUGGCUUUAUCUUAUAGUUAGGAUAGCCUUAUGCAUACCCCAUUCAUGCUUAAACUCCUGUACUGUUACUCAACUAGCUCCUUCUUUCCGAAGACUUCACAUUUUAGUCCCAAGUUCUCACAAUCCAUUUGCUCCCCUUCAAAUUGCAGAUUUUUUCCUUUAGUCGCUGUCAUAGAGGAUAGCACUUUGUGACACACAUUCUUCUUCUCAUUCUCUUUUGGUCAGCCUUGCAUCUUCAGUUUACCACUCCUUUCUUAUACAGCUAACUCUGACACCUCAAUCUUAUCUCUUGGCAUCCAAGCAUUUUACAAUACUUUUUUCUUAUUUAGGGCUUAUGUGUCCCUGUUUAUGCGCCAUCUCUGCGAGCCAGGGGCUGAUGGAGCAGAGACCUUUGCUGAUGGUGUUCCCAGAGAAGGUCUGUCUCGCCAGCAUGUCUUAACCAGGAUUGGUGUCAUGUCUCUCAUACGUAAGAAGGUGAGUUUUCCGUUAGAAAAGACCAUUCCAAGGACAUGCAUAUAUCAAAUGACCCCUCUGCAGAAUAUGGGCUAGGGAAAUCUUUAAACAUGUUGGGAAUACUAGGCAGGAGGUUUUGUAGUAAUGGAAUAUUUUGCAAUAUGUGGUUUCUUUGUUCUGUGAUAGGCAUUCUUAUGUGCUUAUGAAUUGAUUAAAUGAGUCCCAGUUCAUUAGAGCAGUGUUUCACAAUUGUGGCAACUAGGUUUGUUUUGUAAAAUUAGGAACUAUACAAUGAUUGUGAAUCUUGUUUAGUCUGUUUUAUUUAGAAAUAUCCCCAUCUUAACCCUGCAAUGUCUCUUCAGGUGCAAGAGUUUGAACAUGUGAAUGGGCGCUGGAGCAUGCCUGAGCUUGCUGAGGCAGAGGAGAAUAAAAAGGCAGUUCAGAUCGACUCUCCCUCCCCCAAAACACCAACUCCAUCUACCCCUGGAGACACACAGCCUAAUACACCAGCUCCAGUUGCAACAAAUGGUAAAUUUCUUGUCUUUGAGUCCCCUUUCUAUGGAUUUUGGUAUGCUAUUGUGUUUUUGACAUAUGUCCAGCUGCAGAAUUCUGCACACCCCUAAUCUUCAGUAUGAUAUAGGGGUUCCAGCUGGACGCAGAGUAAACCUGUCUGUUUAGGAGGGCAGCCCAAAGAUUAGGUGCUUUUCCCUUAAAGGCAUGGCAGGACAUAGUUUUAGGAAGGGGCAAAUGAAAAAGGGUAUGUUUUGGUAUUGUUCCUAAUUGUAUUUUUCUCCAGAGGAAGCACCGAAGAGUGAAGAAGUAGUGCCCAAGGAGGAAAGUACAGAGAAUGAUGUUAAGCCCCCUGAAGAGCGUAAUGAGGUGUGUUUUGUGCAUAGGCCACUUGAUUUCAUGCAUUAGAGCACCAAAUUACAUCUUACACCUGGCAUGCAAAUUAAAUUUGGUUCUUCUCCAGGCAACUCCUCCUGUGACAGAGUCCCAGUCCCCCGUGGUGCCAACCGAAGAAAAGCCAGAGGAACCAGAGAACAAGGAGAAGCCCCCAACCUCUGAGCCUAUGGAGACUGAUCAGAAAGUUGAGAAAGGUAAUGCAUGGUCAACAUCCUUGAAUGUGUAUUUCUUUGUUUAUUAAGUCUCUAAAUAUAUUUGUUCUCGUUACAGUGGAACCAGAAAAAGUUGAUGAAGUAAUCACUUUAGAUGACAAGAAAGGUUGGUGUUAAUUUUCUGUUUUCUCAUGUUGCUAGAAAGUGUCUUCCUGCUGUGUAUCUCACUGCUUCCUCUCUGUUCCUCUAGAUGAUGUGCAGGAAGUAGCUUUACAGAAUGGAGAGACUCCAAAAGAACCAACUGAGGAGAAAAUAAAGAGGGCAUCUGCAAUAGCUUCCAAGCAGAGGUUCAUGUUUAACAUUGCGGACGGCGGUUUUACUGGUAAGAGGCGACCCAUUGUGUGCAUUUGGGUGGACCAUUGACUUUUGCCGGUGAUGAGUCUGAGUAUUUGGAAAAUGUAUCCAUGGCUUGCCUGUUUUUUCCUAUUUCUUUUUUCCUAUACUAAUUUACGUGUGUGUGUGUGUGUUCACUAAAGAGUUCUGUAUUUUUUACAGUACCUAUUAAACCUGCGUGUAAUGUGUGGGGCAUUGCUCAGGUUUUCAGAGCAGUCAUUUUGAUGGCACUCAGUGAAUUUUUGUUUGAAAUUUUUAAUGUCCCUCAUCCCCCAUGUCCACAGAGCUCCACUCCUUAUGGCAGAAUGAAGAGCGAGCUGCAACUGUUACCAAGAAGACUUAUGAAAUCUGGCACCGCAGACAUGACUACUGGCUCCUGUCUGGAAUCAUAAAGUAUCCUUUAUUUUUGUGGAUCUCUUGUACUGCUGUGUCUUUUACAAAGUUAAAGCUUUACUUUUAAGUUUGCUAGAAGUGUGCUUGUAUGACUUAAGUUUGAGGCUGGGUGAGUGACUUGCUAUGCAUAGAGAUUGAGUGACUUCACACUGUCACUGUUAUUGGCAUUUUCCUGAAUGUUUCUCAGUCAUGGAUAUGCACGUUGGCAAGACAUCCAGAAUGAUGUACGAUAUGCCAUACUCAAUGAACCCUUCAAGGGAGAGGUGAACAGAGGAAACUUUCUAGAAAUCAAGAACAAGUUUCUGGCUCGACGAUUUAAAGUAAGUCUUUAGUCUCUUGGUAGAGCUGAAUGUGCUCAGUCUCUUCCUGAAUUAGUAUUAGAUUUCCUUGUGGACAUGCUCCCCUUUAUUUAAAACAAAGUGAAAGUAGGAGCAAUAGAAUUAUGCUCAUGUCAUUUCAGAAGCUGUCAGUUUUUAGAUUUAAAUUUUGCUUUGUUUUACAGCUUUUGGAACAAGCACUUGUAAUAGAAGAACAGCUAAGACGAGCUGCAUACCUAAAUAUGUCUGAGGAUCCCUCCCACCCCUCCAUGGCACUGAACACCAGGUUUGCCGAAGUGGAAUGCUUGGCUGAAAGUCACCAGCACCUCUCAAAAGAGUCCAUGGCAGGGAACAAACCAGCAAAUGCUGUUCUGCACAAAGGUAAACACAUACAAAACAAACAUAAUGGAUUAUUCCCCCAUUUGCUACAACAGUUGAAUAAUGCCAGCUGUACAAUGCCACAGCCUUUGCCAUGUUUUACUUUGUGACUCCACUGUGCCACAUCACCGUAACCGGUCUCCUUCUAAAUUUAGUUUAGUGUCCUGUUUAAAACAAGCUAUUUAAUGCCUUCCUGUAUAUAUCCCUUCUUUCAGUAGCUUGUUGAAAGACGCUCAGUCUUGCAUUUUUCACUUUGACACAAAUUUUGAUUCGGUAUGCUUUUAUCCCUGCAUGAAAUGGUGGAUGAAUGCAAAGUAACAAAGAUUUUUGUACACUUUCAUUUCCUUAGUGUUGAAGCAAUUGGAAGAACUGCUGAGUGACAUGAAGGCGGAUGUUACCAGACUCCCAGCCACCAUUGCCAGAAUUCCCCCAGUGGCUGUGCGGCUACAGAUGUCAGAGAGGAACAUCCUAAGCAGAUUAGCCAGCAGAGGAGGAGAACCACAGCCCCAGCCGGUAAUUCUCCUUUCCAAACUUACUUUCAUUAGUUAUUUUUUCGAGUGUUGAUCCACCUUGCAGUCUCUUCUAUCCUAACUGUCACAUUUUCUUUUCUUCAGCAGAUUGCUCAGCAAUAACAAGCCCCUCCUCUGGUCAGGAGGUCAGAGCGUCCACCCCCACCCCCGAAACAUUCCCAACUAGAAGCAGAGACCUGCGUAUGGCCACAGGACAUGCUACCAGAUCUACAUCCAGGGAAAAAAACUCAGCAGAGCUGAACACCACCCCGGAACCAUGAGUGAGUGGUCCCAGUCACAGAGGAAUCCUGGACUUAAAUGGCCUCACUGUGACCGAUCACAUGGUGCUGCUACUGCUUCAUAAAAGGGGUUCACCCCUUACUUGGGGUUUAGGGCCACUUACCCCAAAGGCCAGAAACUUACCCUUUGUGCAGGAGCAAAUUGUAUCCUGAAUUCAGAAGGAAAUACUUUUGUUUUUGUCUUUUAAUUUUAUUUGCUCAAGUCCCCUCAAACUGCCUGAGUGGGGCAGGAGGGAUGUCAUCCAGGACAGACACCCUACCUCCAUCCUUUUUAAUACAGAACGCGUUGUCGUAUAAUAAAACACAAAAUACAAUUCUGAAUGACUCCUUUCUGAACGGUCUGUUGUGUUGAUGGGGAAAUCUCCAUAAGAAUGAGAUGCUGGUGUACAGCAGAGGACCUCAUAGAAUUUAAGGUUCACAGCUAUGUUGCACAUGUGUUCACUGGGGAGAAUGUCUUGCACCAAUGGUCAUUCACAAGGAUAAAUGCUUACAUGUGCAAUCCAUGUUUGUUUACUGGAAACGUAUGUAACAAGCAACAUCCCAUGAGAGUAACACAUUUUCUUUAAUGAAACGUUUUUCAAUUAUUUUAUUAAGAAAGGUUGUGUAACGUUUAGCAAUGUUUCAUGAUUUUAUAUAUGUUAAUUUUAUUACACAUUGGUAUUGUUUUAAAAGGCUUGCUUUUUUUAUGCUGGUAAUUCUUAAAGAAAAGACAAAACAAACCUUUCCCCUCAAAACAAAAAAAGCUAUGUGAUAUUUCAGCUAGCGAUAGAUUAAUGCUUUAAAAAAAAAUCGAGAAAUCCACUGUCUAAAGCUCAAAGUAAAGAAGGGGGGGGAGGGGGGGAGAGACAAGAGAGAAAAAUGUUUCUUGUGCUUUGGUAUAAUUUUGUGUAACUAUUCCAAAUUAUUCCAUAGCCCAGGUGUAGGCAACAUUCGGCACUUACAAUUUUUUUGGACCACCUCUCCCAUAAUGCUUACAGCCAUAAUUCUGGGAAAGCAUAGGGGGUGAUGUAGCCCAUAACACCAUUUGGAGUGCUGAAGCUUGCAUAUUCCUGACCUAGCCCCAUGUCUGCACUUUUUGUACUCUACUUCCUCACAGACCAAUUAAGUAUAACCUGCCUGGCCAGGACUUAUAUUUUCUAUCAGAAGUGGCAGUUUUCCCUGUGGGAACAUUAAAUUUAAUUCACCAAAUAUACUAGAGAUAUUUUGUGUCUGUGAAAAAGGUAUGUCUGUGUGCUUUUUCUAUUAUUUCUGCAUUGAGUUUUUCCCCAUCUUACUAACUUUGUAGACUGCUCUAAAUAUAUGCUUCUCCUCCCUCCCUAUGUUAAAGAUAAGGAGAUAUUUUACACGGUUUUUACAAUAUUUUAAUUUCUGAUCUCCGCUAAACAAAGAAAACAACUUUAAAAUAUCAUGGUUUUGCCAAAGGAAACACAGCCUUUCUUUAUAAAAACAAUGAGGGGUGAAUGGAAUUUCCAGUUUGCUUUAAUGUUCUUUCCUGCUAGUGCUGGAAUUCUAUUUGAUAAGUGUCUGGUUUAUUCACGAGAAGCUGUCUUCUAUGACUCUUGUCACUUGGAUCUGUGCUGCUCCCUUGCCUGCUUUAUAUGGCUAGUUUCUCUAGCAGUACAAGACACAACUCCUAGUGUUUAACUCUUGAAAACAUGUAAGGCUGAAUCUACCUCGUACACAUUGCAACACAGAAUUCAUUAAAAUUCCAGCUAAUUCCAAUAAAUGUAUUGCCAUUUGCAGUUGCAGCGUUUUUGGAACAGACCGCUUUACUCCUCACACCCUGAGCAGUAGUUUGUGCCACACAGCUGCUAUCUGUAUAUGUUUUCAUGGACAAUAGCACGAAGAUGCAGUAUUUGAGUUUCUUGUUGUGGUCAAAGUAUUUCUAAACAUUCCCUCUGCCACAAAUAUUACAAGUUGUAAAUAUUUAGGAGUUAUAAAAGAGAUGGUUGAAAAGAGAUGGUGGACUGGGGUUUUUACUUAUUUUAUUUACCACUGUGAAGUUAGACAACUCCUUUUUAAAGUAGUUAGCUGUAAAGUGUUUUUUUUUUGUUUUGUUUUUUUGUUUUUUUUUUUAAUUAUUUCAAAUCCACAUAUGACACACUCUCUAAUACAGCAGGUUGGAUGGGACAAAUUGUAUGUAGAGCUAUACACACAAUUUUGUUUUUCAGGGCUACCAGUGUAGCCAUCAAGUGUUCUAAUCUCAUAGAAAAGUGACUUCCAUUUGUGUAAUGAAAUUGGGUGCAAUGGUUUUGUUAACUCUGCUAGUGGGUCUAUGG